AUGGCUACUAAAAGUAACUCUUCUAACAGUAAGAAGAAAACUGGUGUAUCUUCUGGUGCAUCUGAGGAAACAAAGACCAAGUUCAAACUACCACAACAAUUCAUUGUACGUCCAAUUGACAACAAUGCCGAUAAUGGUCAAGGGGUCAUAGAGAUUAAUGCAGAGGUAAUGAAAUAUCUUGAAUUGAAGAAUGAUAACUUUUGUAUGAUUUCAAGGGAGGGAGAAAAAGGUAUCGUAGGUAUUAGUAGGGCCCUCAAGGACGAUUCCUCACAAACCAAUGUCAUCAAAGUAGGCAAGGCUUUGCGUAGUGUUGGUAACUUACUACUGGGAGAAAGGGUAGAAUUAAAAAAGGUAUCAAAGCAACCGGAAUAUUUGAAAAGUGUUUCGGUGGGAACCGUGCAGCACCUGCAGAUCUCUCCAGUACCUUUAAGCUUUGUGACGGAAAUCGAGAACAGGUUCAAUCAAUCUGGGAUUUUGAUGCCCGGAAUGAUCUUUCGUUCUUUACAGUUGGAUGAGAAGACUCUCGUUGAUUUGAUAAUCUUUGACGUCAACCAAUCAUUAGAAGAGUUGCCUGAUACCUAUGAAGCAGUCUUGCCAAACGUUCCACGUACCAGUGAUAAUUCUUUAAUUUCCCCAGAUUCGGUUAAUAAGAGUUUCUCUAAAUUGAGUUUGUCAGAACACGCUCAAGAUAUCGACAAUAAUUAUUUAUCCAGUCCAGGUUUGUUUAAGAUGAAGGCUACAAAUGUUUUUGUCACUGCUGAAAGUGAACCGUCAUCGAAAUAUGGGUUACCUCACCCAGUUUUAUAUAAUGCUGUAGGUGGCCUUAAAAAGGAAACCUCCAUUUUGAAGAGCACUGUAGAGUUUCCCUUACAUCAACCUCAGUUAUUUACAGAUUUUGGUAUCAAUCCCCCUCGAGGGAUACUUUUACAUGGCCCUCCAGGUACCGGUAAGACCAUGUUACUUAGAUGCGUGGCAAAUGAAACCGAUGCUCACAUAUUGACAAUUAGUGGGCCAUCGAUAGUUUCAAAGUACUUGGGUGAGACGGAAGCCGCCUUAAGAGACAUCUUCAACGAAGCGAAAAGAUAUCAACCAUCUAUCAUCUUUAUUGAUGAGAUUGAUUCCUUAGCUCCAAAUAGAGCUAACGAUGAUUCUGGAGAAGUAGAAAGUAGAGUAGUAGCCACCCUUUUAACGCUAAUGGAUGGAAUGGAUGGCUCGGGAAGGCUUGCUGUCGUAGCGGCUACAAAUAGACCUAAUUCAAUAGAUCCUGCUCUAAGAAGACCAGGAAGGUUCGAUCAAGAGAUUGAAAUCAGCAUUCCAGAUGUAGAAGCCAGACAUGACAUCCUCAGGAAACAGUUCAGCAGGAUGUCAAAACAAAGGCAACUUCUUUCACCAGAGGAUAUCUCGAAUAUUGCGUCCAAGACACAUGGUUAUGUCGGAGCGGAUUUGAUUGCGUUAUGUCGAGAGUCAGUAAUGAAAACGAUUCAAAGAGGACUAAAUGAAAACAUAGAAAGAGAUGAUUUAAAGGUAGGAAUUAACGACGUUCUCGAAGCCAUGGCAGAUAUCAGACCAAGUGCAAUGAGAGAGAUUUUCCUUGAAACCCCAAAGGUGUAUUGGGACGAUAUUGGAGGCCAAGAGGAAUUGAAACAAAAGAUGAAGGAAAUGAUCCAAUUGCCAUUGGAGGCAGCAGAAACUUUUGCAAAACUUGGUGUUAGUGCUCCCAAAGGUGUCCUUUUAUAUGGUCCUCCUGGAUGCUCUAAGACCUUAACAGCGAAAGCGCUAGCUACUGAAUCUGGCAUUAACUUCUUGGCUGUCAAGGGCCCUGAGAUCUUUAACAAGUACGUCGGUGAAUCAGAAAGAGCCAUAAGGGAAAUAUUCAGGAAGGCAAGAGCUGCCUCGCCGUCGAUCAUCUUCUUUGAUGAAAUUGACGCCUUAUCUCCAGAUAGAGAUUCCGGGAGCGGUACUUCUGCGGCAAAUCACGUUCUAACAUCUUUACUUAAUGAAAUUGACGGUGUAGAAGAACUCAAAGGGGUCAUAAUCGUUGCAGCAACAAACAGACCUGAUGAAAUUGAUCCUGCACUAUUACGUCCAGGAAGAUUAGACAGACAUAUAUACGUGGGUCCACCUUCUUACGAUGCAAGAUUACAGAUUUUGCAAAAAUGUACCAAGAAAUUUAACAUAGACACAGCAAUAGUUGAUUUGAAAGCUCUUGCAGAAUGUACAGAUGGUUGUUCCGGUGCAGAAGUAGUUCUUUUGUGCCAGGAAGCCGGUCUAGCUGCUAUCAUGGAAGACACAACUACUGACAAAGUUGAACAGCGACAUUUUACAAAAGCCUUAGCAGGAAUUUCAAGAGGUAUCACUCCUGAAAUGCUAGAGUAUUAUUCAGCUUUUGCAGCAAGAAGUGGAAUAUCAAAAUAA